AUGGCGGCAGGAAGCAGUGGCGGUAGCGGCAAGGUCCGCUCGAAAAGCGAGGCUGAUUCCGGCUUCCUGGGGCUGCGGCCCACUUCGGUGGACCCAGCGUUGAGGCGGCGACGGCGAGGCCCGAGAAAUAAGAAGCGGGGCUGGCGGCGGCUCGCGGAGGAGCCGCUCGGGCUGGAAGUCGAUCAAUUCCUAGAAGACGUACGGCUGCAGGAGCGCACGAGCGGUGGCUUGAUAUCGGAGGCCCCCGAUGAGAAACUCUUCUUCGUGGACACUGGCUGCAGGGAUAGAGAGCUGAGCAAGAAGAGGACCAAAGGCCGGAAAAAGUCACUGCUCCUCAAGAAACCCCUUCGGGUUGACGUCAUUUUAGAGAACACGUCCAAGAUCCCUGCCCCCAAAGACAUCCUCGCCCACCAGGUCCCCAAUGCCAAGAAGCUCAAGCGGAAGGAGCAGUUAUGGGAGAAGUUGGCAAAGCAGGGCGAGCUGCCCCGAGAGGUGCGCAGGGCGCAGGCCCGACUCCUCAGCCCUCCUGUGGCCAAAGCCAAGCCCGGGCCCCAGGACACUGUGGAGCGGCCCUUCUACGAUCUCUGGGCCAAAGACAACCCCCUGGAGCGGCCGCUGGCUGGCCAGGAUGCGUUUUUCCUGGAGCAGACCAAGAAGAAAGGAGUGAAGCGGCCGCCGCAUCUCCACACCAAGCCGUCCCAGGUGCCUGCCGUGGAGGUGACACCCUCCGGAGCCUCCUACAACCCAUCCUUUAAGGACCACCAGACCCUGCUCUGGGAAGCUCACGAGGUCGAGCUGCAGCGACAGAAGGAGGCGGAGAAGCUGGAGCGGCAGCUGGCCCUGCCCACCGCGGAGCAGGCCGCCACCCAGGAGUCUACAUUUGAGGAGAUGUGCCAGGGGCUGCUGGAAGAGUCAGAUGGGGAGGGGGAGCCAGGCGAGGGCCAGGACAAGGGGCCUGAGGUGGCCGGAGACCAAGCUGGAGGGGACCAGGCUGGAGAAGACCAGGCCGGGGGAGGCACAGCUGCCCGCCUGUCUGCUGUGGAGAAGAAGACGGAGCAGCAGCGCCGGCGGGAGAAGGCCGCCCGGAAGCUGCGGGUACAGCAGGCCGCAGUGCGGGCCGCCCGGCUGAGGCAUCAGGAGCUCUUCAGGCUGCGUGGCAUCAAGGCCCAGGUGGCACAGUGGCUGGUGGAGCUGGCACGGCGGCGGGAACGGCGGCGGGCACGGCGGCUGGCUGAGGCCAACAAGCCCCGCAGGCUGGGGCGGCUCAAGUACCAGGCCCCUGACAUCGAUGUGCAGCUCAGCUCGGAGCUGUCUGACUCGCUCCGGACCCUGAAGCCUGAGGGCAACAUCCUCCGAGAUCGGUUCAAGAGCUUCCAGAGGAGAAACAUGAUCGAGCCCCGGGAGAGAGCCAAGUUCAAGCGCAAGUACAAAGUGAAGCUCGUGGAGAAGCGGGCGUUCCGGGAGGUCCAGUUGUAGCUGAUGCUGGAUGCUGGAGCCCCCCCAGCCCCUUUCAAUAAAGCACCUUCGGACCACCUGGGCCUCGUGUGUCACUUGUCCCUGCUGUGGGCAGCUUCUCUCUGUCCGCCCCUCCAGCACUCAAGGAUGUGAAUUCUAGAACCUUCGUCUCUGCCAAAGGGCCCAUCCCUUGGGCGAGGUGGGGAACCAUCCCCAGAGUGAGGAAGGUCCGAGAGAAGAUGGGGUGGGCCGGCUGGCCACACCUGGAUCACUGACGGGGUGCAGCCCACUGCUCCGCCCCGAUGAGAGACCGGUCGCAUUGGUGGUGGCAGCAGCUGACACUGACUGUGCCGGGCAGAUGGAGACACUCGUGAGCCCUCAGGCCGCCCACUAAGGAGGGCCAGCCUUACCCCAUUUUGAAGGUGAGGAAACGGAAGCGCUCAAGGGGGUAAUUUUCCUCCCCACACACACCUAUUUAAUGUUUUUGGAAACCUUAAUUCUACGAGUAAUAAAGGGCUGUGUUCUCACUGUA